AGAGGCGAACUAAUCAUUGAUGCCAGACGAGUAGCAGAACAGCGAAACGUGCGGGGAUUCAUGUAUAACGGUUCUACAGUGGUGCACAAUAUCACCACUCAACUUCGGCCAAACUCGUCACGAAAUGCGCUUCACAAAGAAAGUGUAUAUGCAUAGCCCAUUUGUGGAUGAGCUAACGCCCUUUGACGUGCGCUUGUCUUUCGACCUCAUCGAUCCAUCAAACGGCAAAUGGUGCCCUAACUGCCCUGUGCGGGAUCCCGACCGACCACUGACAACUACCGAAACGAUUCCAUUUAAGAAGGAAUGUCGAAAACAUGACGUUUGCAGGUCGGACCUGGAGCUGGACGUGACGGUCUCCCGAAGCAAAAACCGAAACUUUUUCGUCGUGGGCGAGCAGACGCCAGUCACUUUAAGAGUGCAAGUGCGCAACAAGGACUUCGUAGACCCAGCAUACUUGGCACGCGCUGUGAUCAGCGUUGCAUCGAGAGUUCGCAUCAUUAACAAAGGCAGCUGCAGUGUCGUACAAGAUGGCCUAUCAGAGGUCACGGAGAUUGUUUGCGACGCGGGAAAUCCGUUACGGCCAGGAAUGACGGAGUCGUUUUCUUUAAAACUGGACGUGAGCCAUGUACUGAAAACAUUCACAAUGAAUAUUAAUGCGACGACAACAAGCGAAGAUAUUGAUCUCAAGGACAAUGUCUUCUCCAGUGAACUUCGGUUUAUCCAUGAAGCGGACGUUGCCAUCGCGGGCAUUGCCAAUCCCACCGUCGUAGAUUACAACGCUAGGACGAAAAGAAUUUUGAUGGAGCACAACGUCAUUAUCACGAAGUACUUCGCAAGCCCGAUCAACGCUGUGGAACUUACGCUUCACGUGCCUCGAACUUUCAACGAAUCCGCAACUCCUUUCGUCACGGUACAGAACAUUAAGGUUCAGUCCGGUGACACCUUCGUGUCUGGCACAUGUCGACGUGUCGCCGAUUACUUCAGGGGGACGGAGGACUCUGCCACGGAUGCAGAUGUACCAUCGCAAUCGACACCGAACCCUAUUCCUCCUAGCAGAGUUCACAGGUCGGAGGAUACGGUAAAGUCACCGUACCCAGAACAGUCAGCGUUACUGAUGGAGGAACUUUCGCGGAUCAACUACUACAACGUAGCUCCUCUGAACUGCAUCACAUCCUACUGUCUAGAGAUCAAAUGCACAUUGGGCCCAUUCCUGCCAAUGCGAGCGAGGGUAGCCCUGGUCACCGUUACACUGCUUUUCGACAUGCCGGAGUUUACAAAGCAAGCGGGCAUCUUGUACGCUUUUGCUGUCGGUACGGAAGGGCGAAUCAACAUCUUGGACGACGUGCAUUUCGUUCACGAUGAGAACCGUACAAAAGAAGCUUCGGCAAUCACUAUACUGCAGAGACAGGGAAUUCCUGCCAGCAAACCAUUCCCUCUCUGGGUUAUUGGUGGCAGUGUGGCCGGUGGUCUUGUCGCCUUUUCUGUGAUGUUAGCAACCCUGAUUCAUGUUGGGUUCUUUCGUCGCCGUCAUCUGGAGGAAAUGGAGCGCAUGAUUCUUAAGGAUCAGGAGCAGGAGUGGGAGCCAUUCAUGGUAACCGAAGACGAAGUCGAAGAAGCGAAGCGGUUCUUCCGGAGUAGCAUGAUGCUGGGUGUGAGCAACGGACGGUUGCAUUUCGCCGACGAUUAUCUCCACGGUCCGGAGCAGUUAGACGUCGAAUCGCGCGUACGUCCGGUUUCCGCGGUCGACUGACGUAUGAAGCCUCCCCUGUAUCCCCUUACCAAACGGGAUGAAGUCACUGUAGUCCUGUCUUAUUUAUUUGCUGUUUGUUGCUUCUUUCUUUCGCUCAAAGAAUGGCAUGAAAAAAAAAUGUGUUGUGAAACAGUGUUUUGAUGCACAGCGUUGUCCUUGAUGCUUUCCUUGGUAUUCCUCGCGGAAUCCUAAAUGACGCGGAAUCCUACAAUGACGUUACUGACAUUAAAUCACGCCUCCAAGAUGACAGUGGUCAAUAUACAUAAUACCCAAUGCAUAAUACCCGUCAGCGUAAUACAGCCGACCUUAUUCUUUUUGCGGGUAUAACGUCGUCGUCAUGUCUAUCUUUCAUUCGCCUUCGUAGGACGUAGGGCAAAGUGCUCAGUUGAGACGAGGUUCACUUUUUGAAGAGAGUGUCACACUCUCCCAUAUCAUCAUCGUAUCUGUACUUAUGCAUGUCUGUAGGUAUGUAUCUACAUAUGAAGGUAUGUGUGUGAAAGAGGAGGGAAACGGAAUUUUUACGUAUCUGCGUUACUUGUCCUGAACACACUCUUCCAUCACCCAUAUACUCAUUCAAAGUGUACGACUCGUCCUUUUUUAUCUGCCUUUUAUAGUUUUGUCGAGUACGACACGCGGCUGUGUGUACCCGUUUUGUUAUUAUAUUUGCACCAAAUAAAAAUUGUACGCGUGAAAUAUUUC